GAAGAAAUCCAACGCCUCAACAAUGCCGUAGAGAACAUACGUAGCACGUACAUUUGGGUUGUGUUCGCUCUGGGGUUUCCCGGAAAUAUUUUCUGCAUCAUCACCGUGUUGACGAUGCAGAACGUGACGCCGGCGACCUUCUUCGUCUCGCUCUUGGCUUUCUGCGACGGCUGCACCCUGGUCGUGAAGCUCGUCUACCACCAGAUCUUCAAACACGGCAUGCACUUGGGGUCGGUCGGCUGCAAGAUGGCCUUCCUGCCUUUGUUCUUCUCGACACUGGCGAACUGGGUCCUCGUGCUCAUCUGCGCCGAACGGUUCAUCUCGGUGUGUUUCCCGCUGAAGAAAACCUACAUCGUCACCAAACGGCGGAGCUACAUCUGCGCGGGAGUUUUAUCGGUUGUCCUCCUCGUCAUGUGGUCGCUGCUGUACGGCGUCAUGAGAGACCAGGACGUAUCGGGACUUCACUGCGGCACCUUUGACGAGUACCUGGUCUUCUGGAAAAAUUGGUGGUAUUGGAUAAACGCGUUCCUGUUCCUUUUCCUCCCGUUCCCCUGCAUCGUCGUCCUCACCGCCUUCAUCAUUCGCGGCCUGGCCGUCUCCAGAAGCGACCGUCGUAGCAUCAUGCGGAGCAGCUCCAAGGCGAAAGACGGGAACAGGAGACUGAUGGAGGAGGCGGAGCGCCUUGAGAGAAACAUCACCAUCAUGCUCAUCUUAGCGGCCGUCAUCUUCUUGAUACUCUCGCUACCCGGCUGUAUUUACGUCUUGAUGUACUCUGAUUCGAAUGAUGAUCUCAAGAGAGCAAAAUGGGAGCUCUUCAGUCAGAUACAGCACGUGCUGUCAGACUCGUCACACGCCGUUAAUUUUUUCCUGUACUUUUUCAGUGCCCAGCGGUUCCGCGCUCAUUUCUUCAGCAUACUCAUGUGUAAGAGG